UCGACGAGUCUGUGGACAGUUAAAACCGGACGGGAGCCUCCUUUGGCGCGAAAAAAAAGGGAGCUCCCACCCUUCCCCACCAUUCAUCUCUUUCCCGGAAACAAAACACUGCUGUUCGUCCGACGUUCUUGAUCCACCGACGAUCGACCAUUCUCCGGUGGGAAUUUUCGGGGAGGUCAUGAUCUGCUGACCGCCCCCAAAUUAACUCCGCGUGCGCCAUCCAGCAGUCCGGCGUGAACAAUGUCUUGCUGCGGCAGCGCCGAGGAGGACACCUACGGCCCGCCGGCCAACCAAGCCGCUCCGCCCCCCAACGUCAACAAUCCCGGCAACAGAGGCGGGCCGAGAGGGCCGGGUGCCCCGCGCACUGGAGGGCCUGCCAAGCCCGUCAGCAUCGACGUGCCGGCGAUACCGCUCGAUGAGCUGAACAAGAUGACCAACAACUUCAGCGACAAGGCUCUCAUCGGAGAGGGAUCCUACGGCCGCGUCUACAACGGCACCCUAAGCGACGGCCGCCCGGCCGUGAUCAAGAAGCUCGAUCCGAGCGCAUCGCAGGAGUCUGAUUCAGAGUUCUCUGCUCAGCUAGCAAUGGUCUCCAAGCUUAAGAACGAGUACUUCGUAGAACUCAUGGGCUACUGCAUGGAGGAGGGCAACCGCAUGCUGGCCUAUCAGUUCGCAACGAUGGGUUCUUUGCAUAACAUCUUGCACGGCAAGAAAGGAGUGCAGGGCGCUGAACCUGGGCCAGUGCUGAACUGGGCUCAGCGCGUGAAGAUAGCUUACGGAGCGGCGAGGGGGCUAGAGUACCUUCAUGAGAAAGUCCAACCAUCGAUUGUUCAUCGAGAUAUUCGGUCCAGCAACGUGCUAAUUUUCGACGAGUUCAGCUCGAAGAUUGCGGAUUUCAACCUGACAAACCAGGGUACAGACACCGCUGCUCGGUUACACUCGACUCGUGUGCUAGGAACUUUUGGAUACCACGCCCCAGAAUAUGCAAUGACAGGGCAAAUCAACCAAAAGAGUGAUGUCUACAGCUUUGGCGUUAUCCUACUAGAGCUACUGACCGGGAGGAAACCAGUCGAUCACACGAUGCCGAAAGGGCAACAAAGUCUUGUUACUUGGGCCACUCCAAGGUUGAGCGAAGAUAAAGUCAAGCAAUGUGUUGAUCCAAAGCUCAACAGUGACUACCCUCCCAAAGCCGUUGCCAAGCUAGCAGCAGUGGCGGCGCUAUGCGUUCAGUACGAAGCCGACUUCCGACCGAACAUGACGAUCGUCGUGAAGGCGAUACAGCCUCUUCUCAACCAAAAACCGGCUGGGCCAGCUGCCGAGGCACCCAAACCCUGAUGAAUCCAUGCUGGGCGACAGAAAGAAGCUUGAACUGGCACGGUUCCCUGUGUUCCUGAUCGCUGUCUAUCCCAAAGGAAGGAGCCAUGCGGCCAUGAUCCGAUAUCAACAUAUCAUGCUUUCUGUAAAGCAGACACUGAUUGAUCCUUUGGUACGGCAUGAUUUCAAGUAAAGAGAGGCGUUUUUGCUAACUGGUGUAACGGAUUAAUAUACGUUAUGUUUGUCAUGUCCAGUGUACCUUAAGGUCCUUGAUUAGCUAAGUUUAGAUGCUCUUCCUCAAUAACUUGGCAGGGAUUGCAUGGUGUGUUUUUUUUGUUCUUAGUUUCGACUACUUCUUGGGAACUCCAUAGGUUAAACUGUUCAGGAGAGUUUAAAGUUUAUUGUGAAAAAAAGGAACUCUCUGUCCAGAAAAUAUGACAACAGCAUUUUGCUAA